AUGGAGCAAACUCUAUCUUUCAUUCUUCUUCUCAUUGCUCUCUGCUCCGUAUCUGAAUGUGUUCAGCGUCAGUAUCACUUUAUAAACGUGACGAAGACCUGGACUGAAGCUCAGAGAUACUGCAGAGAGAAUUACACAGAUCUGGCCACCGUUGACAACAUGAACGACAUGAACGAGGUGAAAAAGAGUGUGGAUGAUGAACGUCGUCACUAUGUCUGGAUUGGGCUGCAGAAGACAGGUGUUAAUAAAUGGCAGUGGUCUUCAGGUGAUCCUGUGCUCUACCAGAACUGGGCUCCUGGACAACCAGACAGCGGAGACGAGUGUGCUGUGAUGAAGAAUGGACAAUGGAAUGAUGUGUCAUGUAGUAACAGCCUGACUUUCAUCUGCAACAACAUGAACACAGGACUCGUCUUUGUCAAUCAGACGAUGAAUUGGAGAGACGCUCAGAGUUACUGCAGACAGAAUCACAUUGAUCUGGUCAGUGUGAGGAACCAGAAUGAGAGUCAACAGCUUCAGAAGUUCAUCAAUGAUAGUCUCAUAUCUGGUGAUGUCUGGAUCGGUCUGUUCAGAGACUCAUGGCAGUGGUCAGAUCAGAGUAACUCCUCAUUCAGAUACUGGUAUCCUGGUCAACCUAAUAAUGAUGGAAACUGUACAAUUUUCGAACGCGACACUCAGAGACGAUGGGGUGAUGCCGUUUGCAACAUCGAACGUCCUUUUGUGUGUCAUGAAGAUAAACUGAUUCUGAUCAAAGAGAAUCUGACGUGGCCUGAAGCUCUGAGAUACUGCAGACAGAAUCAUACGGAUCUGGUCUCGGUUCAUUCAGAAGAGAUGCAGCGUCGUGUGAUGAAUGUGGUUAAACAGGCGUCUACUGAGGCGGUGUGGUUGGGUUUACGUCACUCCUGCACUGUGGGCCUCUGGUUCUGGGUGAGCGGACAGACCGUGUGCUAUCAGAACUGGGCAAUUGAUGAUUCAGAUAAGUGUGAGUCUGCAGUGAGAUCUGGAGCAGUUCAGUCUGGAGGAGAUCAGCGCUGGAUCAGCCGUCCUGAGACUGACAGACUCAACUUCAUCUGCAGCAGAUAUGAAGAGUGAAGGAUACGUUUGUGCUGUUCUUUCACUUUCAUUUUCUUUUUCUGUCUUUUUUUAAUUUGCAAACACUUUUUGUUCUGUUUUCAUCAGAUAAUGUGCUUAUAUCAGUACAAUGAAAUUAAUUUAAGAGUAUAAAAUACUAAUGUGCACUAUAUAUGUUUUAAAGACCCCAUGAAAUCAAAAUGAGUUUUCAUCUGUGGCUUUUAACAUUUGAAAAUCGCAGUCAUUCUCUUCUGGAAAAAUGGCUCAAUAUUUUUAACACAGACUGUUCAAUCAAACACACUUGCAGUCAACUAGACAUUAGAAGAUCAUGAUUCAAGGAUCUGGCAUAAAGCAUAUUGACUAUUUAAAAGAAAAUCAAAGUAAAGCACAAUCCACAUCAGCUGAUUUCAUGGGAUCUUGGGAUUCUGGUGGUGUCGAUACUUUCUUCUACUCACUCCUGUUUGGCACUAGUCAUAUCUUUACAAAUUGUUUAAAAUGAUUGUGAGUAUCUGUAUGUGUCUCAAUGAAAUGAAAUAUGUUUUUUUUUUCUUAAAGAAAAACUAAAAGUUGACUAUAAAGUAUCUUGAAACCUGUAAUUCAACAACACCAGCUCAAAUAAACUUAUUGACAAACAGCAUUCUUGUGUUGUGACGUUUAUAAAACACAAAUAUACAAUUUUAAUAAUAGAAAAUGUUGAAUGACAUAAACAUUCUUUCAAUUUAAUUUUUAUUAUCAACUCUACACAGCAAAAUCCCCAGAGUUAAAUCAACUCAGCUCAGAGUUCAUAUGGUUCCUCUCCAAAUAGUGUUAAAGUAACACUGCAGAAAAAUAUCACUGUUAUUCCAAGUGCCACAUGCCAGAUUUGAAGAGCAAAGGGCAACUUUAGCAGGUCAAAUAUUUUUUUUUUUUUUUUUUUUCUUAAUGUUCAGAUUUAUUGUGUUUGGUCUUGAUUGUCCGUUAAUAAACGAUGAUUGGCCUUUAAUAAACAUUCCCCAAUAUUGCCUUAUUAUGUAACCCUCCCCAGCCGGGUUCACUCAUAUAAUGUCCUGACAGGAGCCCUGGUGUCCCAGAUGUAGUUACAAAGAUAACGACUGGUGCUUUCCCUGAAAAUUAGAUACUGCAAGAACAAUUUGUUAUAUAGUGCUGUGCCUCCAAUUAAUAAACCUAUAAUCUCAUGUGUUUGAGAGUAAAAAAAAAAAAAAAGAAAAAAAAAAAGUUAAAUAAUCAAUCACUAAACAAAAAUAACGAUAAAACAAAAGAUAGAAAUAUAUGAAUAAAGUAUAUCAAUUAACACAAUGGAAGAAACAAAAAUUGUUAAGGGAAAAUCACAAUGCACUACACACAGUAUGACUAUAGUCCAAUAGUUCAACACUGCACAAGACCCCACAAAAUACAAUGACUACAUAUAGCUGAACUAAGAGAAUGUCAGUUUCCUCAAAUACAAUGAAUCACACUUAUGGAAAAAAUCAAUUAUGACUCGUUGGAAACGGAGAUGACUGUUAACACACUCGUAUGAAACAGUGACUAUUAAAUUGACUCGGUGAUAAUCAAAUAACUCUUCAAUUGACUCGUUUAUAUUCAAAUGACUCUUAAACUGACUCGUUAAUCAAAUAACUCUUAAACUGACUCGUUUCCCUCCAACAGAGUUGAUGAUAAUCAGUUCACUUGCUACAAAGGUCAAUUAUCUACUCCACUUUUGUUUAAAUGAGUCAAAACAGAUAUUAAACACUUAACAAAAUAAUAUAAGAGAACCCCAAACUCAGUCUCUGAAACACUUGAAUGGCCAUGAACCGUUGGUGCACUUUUCCUUAAAACAAUUUGAUGUCAACAGAUCUCAGUCAGACUGUACUCACAAAUCCUCCGUAUAUACGUGUUUAAAGCUUGAUGGCAUUCCCAGGUCCCGAAGAAUCCUCUUGAGACAAAAACUGUCUAAUCGAAUCGCCGAUGCACACGGAAUCAGUCCUCCAUCAGGUCGUGGUGAAUCCUGCAAAAAAGGCCAAACGAUUCCCUCUGCUCUUCACUCUGACGUC